CUUUCAAAGUAUUCCUGGAUCGAUUUCGUGUUCUCGGUGAUCGGGGUGUGCACUUUCCUGGUGGACUGGGGAUCGGACGUGUGGGUCGCCGCCGAGUUUUACCGCCGCGGGGACUUCUUCUGGUUCGGGGUGCUGGUCGGCCUCAUGGUCCUGUCGUCGGUCGUGGUCCAGAUGUUCAGCUGGUUCUGGCUGAAGUACGACCGGCGGCUGCCCGGGUUCAGCGCGCAGACCGGAGGAGGGACGGUGCUCUUCGGGGACCGAGUGAGGAUCUCCUGCCUGUUACAUGUGCUGCAGCUGGGCUUCCUCUGCAGAUUAAACUGGAUGUUCCUCCAGAGGGUUCAGGCAGGCAGGCACAUCUCCGCCAUACGUCAGGGCUUCAGGGUUUGGUGGCGGAAGCAGGAAGGGUCCGAGUACGCCGUUUACCUGACCCACGACCUCAGCAUGCUGCGGCUCAUCGAGACGUUCUGCGAGAGCGCUCCUCAGCUCACCCUGAUGAUCUACGUGAUGCUGUGCACGCACAAGGCCCGCACCGUUCAGUGUGAGUUUAAUUUAACUUUAAACCUCCCAACAGAACCAGAACAAACCAGCAGUCGUGGGUUGUGUUCUGCGUGUGAAUGUAGCUCUCCGGGUCGAGUCGUGAGCGUCGCCGCGUCGACCACUUCCAUAGCGUGGAUGGUGGUGGAUUACCACCGCUCGCUGCGCUCCUUCCUCCCGGACAAAGCCAAGCAGGGCUGGGGUUCCUCGCUGAUCUACUUCCUGUGGAACUUGCUGCUGAUCGCCCCGCGCGUCGCCGCCCUCGCCCUCUUCUCCUCUGUCCUGCCCGGGUUCAUCGCCGCCCACCUCCUGCUGCUGUGGUCCGCGUUCGUGUUGUGGGCUUGGCGACAGAGGACUGACUUCAUGGACAGCGCGGGUGGCGAGUGGCUCUACCGGGCCACCGUAGGGCUCAUCUGGUACUUCAGCUGGUUUAACGUGGCAGAGGGUCGCACCAGGGGCCGGAGCAUCAUCUACCACACCUUCAUCACCACCGACGGAGGGAUCCUGCUGGCGACCUGGUGGUGCUACAGGGACGCCGUCCGGACGGAGCCGUACGCUCUCCCUCUGCUCCUCACGCUGCUGUUCACCUACCUCCUGGGGCUGCUCUUCAAAGCCGUCUACUACUGCUGCUUCCACCCCAAGCUGUGGAGGCCCCCCGUGAGGGACCCGGGGCCGCCCGUGGAUCUGCCCGAUGCGGACGUGUCCUUCAGAGACUUCUCCAUCCAGGACGGCUCCCUGUCCUCCCAGCUCCUCAACAAACGGAUGGCCUGCCACGCCACUCAUUUCUACUCCGAACGCGAGGUCCUUAGAACCGCUGAGAGCACGAAGGGAGCGGAGUCGUCGCAUCUGUGAUCAACGUUACCUUCAAGUGAUAAACAAUCUGUGUGCUGUCGCCUGUUUGUGCUGCAGCAGAUGUUCAGAUCAGAGCAUGUGAGCUGCAGAUGUUCAAAGCCUCUCGGGGCAAAAAAUUAAGACAAACUUCUGUUUUAAUUUGAUCUUAAAACCCCGUUUAAGCUGUUCGAUGCAGCUUCGUGUGUAAUGCUGCAGAUCAACCUGCUUAUACACAUGAUUCAUGAAGUUAUUAUGAAGAUAUUAUAAAGAAUCUCUCUAUAAGCAGCCAGGCUCGAGCUCACGUGCUCUGUGAUCCAUAUAUCGGUUGGCCGUCAUUAGACUACCGCACAUAUCGGUGUAUGUCAUCUGAUAUGUGCCAAUAUGAACGGUUACAUGAUUAUAUAAUGCAACAAUGAUUGUAGUUUUUACUGUACGGAUGUUUUAGCUGUUUUAUUUUUUAUUUAUUCUUUCUUUCUAGAGUUGGUUGACGAUGUAACCUUUCUGUUAACAUGUUAAUGGAUAUUUAACUUAAGUAUUCUUCAAUAGAGUUGUUUUUGUUUAUGAAAGCAGCAUUCUGGGUUCAAAAUCUUUCUUUAUUUUCAUUCCAGCUCAAUAAUUCACUUUAUAAGCAGCAUGAUCGAGAAUGUGUGACUUUUGUGCCUUUUACAUUUGGUCUAAAACAUUAAAGGCUCAAAGACAUGAAACUAUGAUCGGUUUAAACAUUAAUAGUAAUGACCGACAUUAAAUUAUAAAUCAAAUUGACGCAAAUACCAAAUAAAAAUCCAGUGUUGCCAUAAACCUUUCCAUCAUAGUUCAUAGACAAUCUGUUUUAUGUCAUAUCUCUACUUGAAACUUGAGUAACUCGUUAUGCUAGUCAAUAAACUAACAAAGGGAAGUUGUUAGUUAAUCUUUAUACAUUUUCUCCAAAGCUCAUGUUGUAAUCUGUUCAUGUCAGUUUGUACAUGUUUAGAAGAGGGGAGACAACUUUGUGUUUUUCAUACAAACCAUACGACUGUUUGUUGUUGCUGUCGUGUGAACACCUGCAGGAAAAGAAAACAACCUUGUUUCUUGACAACGAGGUAAACAAUGAAUGAAUAAAAAUAUGUUAUCUGUAAUAUUUAAUAAUAAUAAUAAUAGCUGAAAAAAUAGCUGAAGCUUUUCUCAAUUUAUGUAGCUUAUGUCAAAAUUUAAAUUAAUUUGCCAGAUGAGGUUUUUACAUGACAACGAGUAUCUGUUUUGUGUUUUUGGGUUACAGCUGCUACAGGAACCUGCUGAAGGACUUUGAAUGUAGAUUUGACCAUAAGUUCUCCUUUAAUCACUGCUGUGUCCUGUCGCUGUGCCAAACAGCUCUUUUAGUUUUCACCAUCACAUUUAUGGCGUCGUCAGAAGUGUUUGUACUUAUUUAACUAAAGGUGACACAAACCACAGUGUUACUGCUCGUCAUCCAGUGUUUGUUUAGCUUGUUUAAAUGUGAGACCUCUCGAUCAGAGCACACCUUUCUCUCUGUGCUGUGAGGAAAACUGUGCUACACACAGACGCAGUGUUUCAGACAGCAUGUUUUAUUUAAUGUUAACUUAGUUCGAGGUUGUUUUAAUGUUAAAGUUUGAUCCUGCAGAUGUUCAAACAUGUUGUUGAUGUCCUAGAGCCACUUCUUUGCCACACACACUGCUGAAACCAAAAGUCAAGGCCACUGCUGGUUGUUAAUCUUUUACCUCAUUUGCCAUGCGCAAUUAUUAUUAAAGUUUGUAACGCUG